AAAAAAAAUAAACAAAUUUUUGUCUUCACAGUUCACACUGGCCAAAUCCAAAACCUCUCUCAAGUCUCAACUAUCCCAAUCCGCAAUUCGAGUACCGUUUGUAUGAAACUGGUUCCAAACCAUGCCCAUUGCGGUAGAGCUACCCGUAUUCACCAGUGUCCGACCGCUAUCUCGGCCCUCCUCAUUGUCCUCCCCUCAUUCUCCAAAUCCUUUCUUCUUCUUCUUCCAUAAUAAAACCUUCACGAAAUCUAACCUAAGAUUGAAGCGCAGCAGCACAAGUAGAAACAGCAAUUCGAAGCAGUUUCUUCGAAUUUCAAUGAGUUCGGAGAAAAAAGAGUGUGUAGGUGAAGUGAAUGUUGGGGAUGAUAUAUGGGGAGAUUCUGAGUUUGUUGAGGUCAUUGGCAUUGGCAGUAGGAAGGACGCGGUUCUUGAUUUUUGUUUGGACUCGCCUUUCAAGUCGUCGUCCAUGCGGUUUUGGAAUAUUCUCAUGAAAGAUUCAAUGAAGGUGCAAUUACAACAAAGGGUCCUACGAAAAGAUCUUACUCCAAGAAUUGUUGAAGCUCCACUAUCUGUACAAUCAGUUCCAAAACCUAUUAUUCUUGUUGCUAGUGCAGGGGAUGAAUUUGAUCAUGUUACAGCAGUUGAUAUUCUGAGGACGAUAAAAUCUGCAAAUGGAUUUACCGUUGUUAUUAUUUUGAAGCCAUUCAGCUUUGAAGGGCAGAGGCGCCAAGAUGAGGUUAAACGUUUGGUAGGAAAGCUUCAGGAACAUACAAAUUUGUUUAUUGAUGUUGACACUGACAUGCUACUCAGAAAGGAUUUGGUUACUCUGGAUGAGGCUGUAAAGACUGCAAAUAAUGCUGUUCUAUUGGCUAUUAAUGCCAUAUCUGUUCUUGUAUCUGAGAGACACAGAAAAUUUAUUGAUGUAUCACACGGUGAUGUGAAGGAAGUCCAAGUUUCAGAACUUACUAAAAUUCUGCAAAGCUAUAACGAAGCAAAAGUUGGAUUUGGAGCUGGUUACGAUGCCAAAACUUCAAUUUUACAAUCUCUGUAUGACUGUCCCUUCCUUGGUGUUGGUGUAAAGGACUUGAAUGGCAUGGUUAUAUGCAUCCUUGCAAGUUCAGAGACUGUCAACAACAGUGAUAUACAUGCCUUUCUGUGUACUUUCCGUCAAAUUACAGAAUACACACAAAGCAUUAUUUUAUCUGUUAUUCACGAGCCUAAUCUGGAGCCCAACCUGCUAGUAACAACAGUUCUUAUAGUAGGUGAUACUGGGCAACAGUCUUCUCAGAAAAACAGCAGCAUAUUGUCUACACUGGCCCAGCAUUUCCCUUUUGUUUUUGAUCUUCUAAGGAAACACCACCCGCAGUUCAAUGACAUUCAGGGAAAACAUUUACGUGUAAAUGCAAGUUGUGAAGGGAUAAAUUCAGGACUGACUCAUGAGAGAGGAAAUGGGAUUGAUGAAAACAGUACAGCUGAAGAUUUACAGACAGUCUUGAGCAGAGAUGACAAUGAGUUAUAUGCUUCAAGGAAUUAUAAUAGUGAAUCUGAACAAAGUGAGGUUGGAUUAGCGGAAACCAGUACCAAGUCUUUCAGAUUUUACAACGCAAUUACUGAAGGAACUCCUGCUUUCCAGAGGGAGCCACUAGUUAGUUGGAACUUGGGGCCUGCAUAUCAGAUUGCAGAGGAGUGGGCUAAAGAAAGAGCUACUGACACUGGAACUGCUCCAAUAAUUGAUGACCUGAGCAUCUUCCACCUUCCAGUUGGAGUACGACCUUCAAAUGAGUUGAGAGACAAUGUUAAUAUCUCACUUACAACACAAAACCCAAAUCCAGAAACUGAUGAUGAUGUGAAAGCACGACCAACUGUUUAUCCAAGCGUUUCUUCUUGGAGUGCAUUGACUGAUGCAGGCUUUGAAGUAGUGAAGGACUUUUAUAAUAGUGCAUUUACUCUAUUUAAUGGAAAAUAUGUUGAUGUCCCUAAGAAGCAAGGAGUUGUCUCUGUUCGUGCAGCAUCUAUGUUGGAAGCAGAAAGAGAUUCACCAAAAAAGUGGAGUCCUAUUGUAGAGAUACAAUACAGAGGAGGGAUUUACAGGGGGCGAUGCCAAGGGGGUCUUCCUGAAGGAAAGGGCCGUCUGGUUCUUGGAGAUGGAAGCAUAUAUGAUGGGACGUGGCGCAAUGGUAAGAAAUCAGGUCUGGGUACAUUCUACUUCAGUAAUGGGGAUGUGUUCCAAGGAUCAUGGAGGGAAGAUGUUAUGCAUGGCAAGGGUUGGUUUUAUUUUCACACUGGGGAUCGCUGGUUUGCUAACUUUUGGAAGGGAAAGGCCAAUGGUGAAGGUCGUUUCUAUUCGAAGUCUGGUGAUGUCUUUUUUGGCCAUUUUCAAGAUGGAUGGCGGCAUGGCCACUUUCUUUGUAUUGAUGUCGAUGGGACAAGGUCUCUUGAGAUUUGGGAUCAAGGUGUUCUUGUAAGUCGUAAGCAAUUGGACUCUGAUACUGAUGUCAAAUAAUUAUUGUUUACUCCUCUUGUUAUGGAAUUAUAUCCGCUUAUAGAUGUAUAUUUUCUCUUCGAUUUUUCCCCUUUUUUUUCGCCCUUUUUUGGCUGUAAUAUGCAAGGAAAAAAACAGGAAGGCAAUAUUCUCACACAUGCACCAACUUUGCCGACUUUGUUGUGUACUGUUCCAUCUCCAUUCUCUCCCUAGUAUUUUAAAUGAAUGUGUAGUUUUUCUUUUUCAA